UGGGUUACUCUUGACUUGGAGAGCUGAACAGGACACAGCAAGCAAGUGGAGAAAGUUUCCUGGGCUUCUCUGGUCUCACUUGUUUCGCAUGGGGAUGUUACCAUAUUUGCCUUGUCCUAACUCUGCACUGUGACAUCAUCCUAGACUCUUGAAAGCCCUGCAUUAUGAAGUCACCGCUGAUGUCAGUGCAGUCCUUCAGUAAUGGAUGAAACUCCCAGUAGGUAGGUGCUCCUGAGUCUUGCCACCGUUUAAGCUGUUACACUUGAAGCCAGCAUACUCUUUAUCCCUCCCCCUCAAAAAAAGAAAGAAAGAAAACAGAAGAGAAAAGUAAAAUAGACAGAAAAAUGGACAAGAAAGUUAUUGAGAAAUAUCCAGGUACGAAAAGAACUUCACAAGCCAGAAAUUUAAGUGUACAUUAUCAAGGUUACCUGGUCCAAUGGCUCUACAGAGGUCAUUUAUCGACGAUACAGCAAGUUUUUUGACCUACAGAUGCAAAUGUUGGACAAAUUCCCAAUGGAAGGAGGACAGAAGGACCCUAAACAAAGGAUCAUCCCCUUUCUGCCAGGCAAAAUCCUCUUCCGCAGAAGCCACAUCCGUGAUGUUGCUAUUAAGCGUCUUAUACCCAUAGAUGAAUACUGUAAGGCUCUGAUCCAGCUGCCACCAUACAUCUCUCAAUGUGAUGAAGUUCUUCGCUUCUUUGAGACAAGACCAGAAGACUUAAAUCCUCCAAAAGAGGAACCAAUUGGAAAGAAGAGAUCUGGAUUUAUCCAGAGAACGGCUUCUUUUCUUCUGAGAGGGGGAGAUUCGGCAUCUGCUGAUCCCAUGGUCCUGGAGCAGUAUGUAGUGGUGGCAGAUUACCAGAAGCAAGAGAGCUCUGAAAUCAGCUUGUGUGCGGGCCAAGUUGUGGACAUAAUUGAGAAGAAUGAAUCUGGCUGGUGGUUUGUGAGCACAUUGGAUGAACAAGGAUGGGUCCCAGCUACAUGCCUAGAAAUUCAAGAUGGUGCCCAGGACGAAUUUUCAAUGCAGCCUGAAGAAGAAGAGAAAUAUAUGGUAAUUUAUCCCUACACUUCUCGAGACCAAGAUGAAAUAAAUCUGGAGAAAGGGGCUGUAGUGGAGGUGAUCCAGAAAAACUUGGAAGGAUGGUGGAAAAUCAGGUAUCAGGGUCAAGAAGGCUGGGCUCCAGCAUCCUACCUUAAAAAAGGGAGUGGAGACAUGUUCACACCAAAACCAGGAUCUGCAGUUUCUACCCAUUCAUAUGCAUUGGAUCUGGAUGGAAUUUCUCGGCAGCAGAACUCAGCAAGUCGAGAUAAGGAGGGGCCAAACAACCAAAGAGAUGGGAGAUUUGAUAGCCGCCCAUUGCCAAAUGUGGACCUUAGGCGAAAGUCACCCCAAAUGAGGCAGAGGCCCCCUCCUCGUCGAGAUCUCACAAUACCACGUGGCCUCAACCUGCCUAAGCCUCCUGUGCCUCCCCAAGUGGAAGAAGAGUAUUACACCAUUGCUGACUUUCCAACCACUAUCCCUGAUGGCAUCAGCUUCCAAGCAGGAAUGAAAGUAGAGGUGAUUGAGAAGAACUUAAGUGGUUGGUGGUAUAUUCAGAUUGAGGAGAAGGAAGGCUGGGCACCAGCUACCUUUAUUGAUAAAUACAAGAAAACUAGCAACGCCUCUAGACCGAACUUCUUGGCACCACUACCAAGUGAAAUGACACAGCUGAGGCUGGGCGAUAAUACCGUGGAGAACAACUUGAAUGGAGAACCCCUUGGACCAUCGCGACCUCUCCCAGAAGCGCCACCUAAUGGCACAAACUAUGGAGUAAAAUGGAAGGAGAAUGAGGCUUCCAAGGGUGCCACACCCGAGAGCAAUGAUGCAUCUUCAUGUGUUGGAUACGAGGAGAUUUCUGAUCAAGAUACAGAGGAGAAACCAAGCCUCCCUCCUAGGAAAGAAUCUAUCAUUAAAUCAGAAGAAGAAUUAAUGGAAAGGCAACGUUUAGAACAGAGGCCUCCUCCGAAGCCUCCUGGUAUGGCUUUGCCUGCAGUUCCUCCCAAGCAGACCAUUCCUCCAAGGGACAGCAAGAAGCCUGAGCUCAAAACAGACAAGGGGAAAUUGUUCCAGUUGAAAAAUGAUAUGGGAUUAGAGUGUGGGCAUAAGGUCUCACCCAAAGAGGUGAAGAAGCCCAAUCUCCGGCCCAUAGUCAAACCAAACAAGCCAAAAGUUGAGCCCCCGGAAGAUAAGUCUGAGCCAGCUAGCCAAAACCCAUUCUUGAAAUCAAAACCUCAGAUCAGACCCAAGCCAGCAGCAGCAACAACAACACUUAGGACAGAUCCUCCUACUCAGGCUGAUGAUAAACUAGACAUCUGUAAUUUGAGAAGCAAGCUCCGGCCUGCAAAAGCUCAAGAGAAACCUUCGGAACAGGAUGCCAUGUCUAGUGAGAGUGCCUUCAGCAGCAGUGUGCUUCCAGUAGAGUCUUCUGCCCGAUCUCAGGAAAGGCCAAGUGCAGAGGUUCGGCCUCCAUCCAGACCAGACAGCCAAGUGUUUAAGGAAACAGCUUUACCCAAAAUCCCUCCCAGCUCCUCAAAGACAGGCGAGAGUGAUCCCAAAACCACCUUCCCUGUUCCCAGAGAACCACCUCAACGGCCUGUAGUGCCACCCAGGAGGCCGCCUCCUCCCAAAAAAGCUUCUGUGCCAUUACCUGCAUCUUCAGUUCCCACUACUCCAGAACACAAAGCUCCACAGAGGGAAGUGCCUGAAGUUAGAGCCGCCCCAGUGCCAAGUAGGCCAAUGUUGGUUCCUCCAAAAGCCAAAGGUUUCUUGCCAGCUGCAUGCCAAGAGGAUGGCAAAAUGAAAAGCAGCUUAGGCCAAAAGGCAGUGCCCAAGCCCUUGGAGCGGGAGAGAGUGUCCACACCCAUCACUAGUUCUGAUGUCUCCAGAGAAGCCCUCUAUGUAGCCGUGGCCGAUUUUGAUGGAGACGAAGAAACCAGCAGCUUUAAAGAAGGGACCUUGUUUGAAGUCCGUGAGAAGAACAGCAGCGGCUGGUGGUUUUGCAAGAUUCUUGCUGGAGGUCCCUGUUGGGAAGGCUGGAUUCCUUCCAAUUAUCUCAGAAAAAAGCCAUAGUCCCUCCAUUGUCCUCAUAUUAAAGCAGCAACUCAAAAUUUCCCAUUAUAGUACCGAAAUAUUUAAUUAGCUUAUUUAUAGUUUUUCAUAAGGAUGGCUCUAUUCGUUAAAACAAAACAAGUAUCUGGGAUACCAUACAUUCCACUUUAUGUGUUUUCCAAGAACAAAUAGUAAGAGAAGCAGGUUUUCAUAUAGUGUAGCUCUGCAAUUUUUCUUUCUUUUAGUAACUCAUUCUCUGAACAAGGUUUUGGUAGGUAACCCUUCCCUCCCCCAGCCUCUGUGAGAUUUUAGAGCAAUCUGUUUUCAACUUGGUAAAUAAGGAGUCAGUGGCAGGAACCAAAGAAAAGGAGGAUCAGAAAGGCCACUUUUUUGAUUGUUCUGUCAUGUGCCAUUUUAUGCACUUAACUGUAAUCAGGAACUAAAAGACUCUAGCAAAAAUAAUACGGAAUAGAUAAUUAUUAUAUUAUAAUAAUAGUUAUUAUUAUUAUUUGAUACAAAGGCCUGUCCAGAUGGAUAAGAGAUUCUUUGUGUUAAUAUUCUUUGUCCCUUGCUUGGACAACCUCUCAGCCAUUAGAGAUGUUCCUUAUGUGACAGCUGGUAUUCCAUGAUGCCUCAUUCAUAGUCAUGUACAAAUGUAUGCUAAUGAGGUCCAUGUGUGCUCUGCUGUGCAGACCCCUAUAGAUUUUUUUAAACUCUCAUUUUACUCAAUAGAGAGGAUUGGAUGCAGGGUCUUCAUUACAUGGAUGGAAGGGGCCACUGACAGAAGGUUCCUUUGCCUGAUUUCCAGGCAUCUCUUUCUGUCCCCUUAUAAUAUCCAUUCAAUAUAAUUCUUCACCCCUUUUCUGUAGUUUUCAGGCAGGUAGCAGAGCUGUCUAGGGAUGGAUUGGGUAGGGAUCCACUUCUGCCAGCCUAGUGGCAUUCAUCUAAAUCUGGAUGCAACCCCAAGAACACAGUGAUCAGUAAUUCAUACUGUUCAUUUGUAAAGGUUUGAACAUCAGAACAUUUUGUUUUGGUCACCGCUUUGCUAAGUAUUGUCAUUUUAAUGUGUUUCUUCUGUCCAUUCUCUUAGGUAGAUCUUCCUGAUCCUUGUAUGAUCCUUAGAUAGAUUUCAGUUUCAGAGGCCUUCAUGCUCCAUGAGAACUGAAAUUCAUUUUUCACACAUUUAACCCUGCUCUUAUUGUCACCUGUUUCUUGAUAACUGCUAAAGCCGUCACUGAACAAACUGUUGUACAGCAGCAAUUCCAGUGCAAUUCACAGCUGUUCAUUACUUCAACUUGUUAGGUAUGUGUGUGGUACUAGAUCUAUAGCACACAUUCCAAAAUAGAUGGUUCAGUACCCAUGCAGGUGCUGUUUUAAAGGGAAAUUACUUAUACCACUGCCAUUUAGGUCCCUAUUCACUGGUCCUCUAUUCAAAAAGUUGUCUGUUGUCCCAUUUUCCUAAAUGUAAAGGCACUCCCACAUUGGGGGAGAUUAAGAAAUCCCAUCCCAGUGUUUAUCUGCAUCUUCUUUCUGUUGAUAGGAAGACUUUCACAGAAAGCAGACUUGAGGGCCAAAGCACAUGUUCAGAGAAAUCUGUUUCUAGGAGUAGUACUCCCACAAGUGGCGAAAAAUAUACUAUUGGGAGGGGGAAAAAUCAAAAGGAGAAAUGUGUCUUUUAAAAAAUCAUCUGUGGAAUAUUAACAGUGGUUUCUUUCAUGUGUUUAAUUCCAAGUCUCAUCUAACAAAGCAGAUCCUUUUGCUGGGAGGAAAAUUUUGUAAGAACAUGAGGGACACAUUCUCCUGAAUGUUUGCUUUAGCCCUGUGAAGACCUUGGGCUGAUUUGCUCUCUGGGCUGCUAAUGUGCUCUGACUAAAAGCAAGCCAUGGACACACAUCUGUGCCUUAGCUUUUAUUAUCCUUACCUGCAGUGCAAAUAAUGACUCAGGCCUACUUAGCUGGGAUACAAGAAGAAAUGGCAAGGUAACAUUUCUCUUGGUAUUCUCUGCUUGUGUCCAAAAAAAGAGGAAAUCAUUAAGGAUAGCUUGUCUGCCAUGGCAUGACAUGCAUCCAGCUGCCACACACAUACCCGUGAUCUAGCUCGCUGACCAUGUCAAAGUAAAUGUUAGUGUGAUGAAAAAGGAAUUCAACCUCAUGCUUACCAAAGCCGACUCUUCACAAACCUAUGACUGGAGAGCUGCAGGGAGGUGGAAAGCUGCCAAAAUGGCCUGAUACGCAUCUACAGUCUUUAGAAGCCUGUUUUAAUGUCUAAUAGUAUGUAAACAUGUAUCAGUCUGUAUGUUAUUGUGGGUGGGGCUGGAGGGUGGGUGGGAUUUCUGAGGAUAUUAGAUGUAGCUUAUGUAAAAAUCAUGUAUACUUCCAACAUUAAACGAUGAUGGUGGUGAUGGUGGUUUUUUUUUAAAGGUAAAGAAAUAAUAAAAAAAAAGCUUGACUGGUUUCAAGCAGAAUUGU